UUCUCCUACUUCUUCUACCCACCAACCACCACCUCCGCCACCACCACCGCCGUCGCCGCCGCCGCCGCCGCCGCCGUCGUCACCACCAAGAACCGCCGCCGCUGCCUCCGCAUCCCCAAAGCGCACCGUUUUCAACUGCGCAAGAUCGAGAAAACCAGCGUCGAGAACCUCCAUUUUCAGCUUGGAACACUCUUCUCUCUCUCUCUCUCUCUCUCUCUCUCUCUCUGUGACAAGAAGUCGCCAUGGGCAACUGCAACGCGUGCGUGAGGACGGAGUCGACGGAGGAGUCCAACAGCAAGCACCGCAAGAAGGGGAGCAGGGAGCGGAAGCCCAACCCGUACGCGGAGGACCCGGUCCGCUCGCCGGCGCCGAUCCGGGUCCUGAAGGACGUGAUCCCGCUGAGCCACCGCACCCGGAUCGUCGACAAGUACACGCUCGGCCGCGAGCUCGGGCGCGGCGAGUUUGGGAUAACGUAUCUGUGCACGGACAGAGAGACCCGGGAAGCUCUGGCCUGCAAAUCUAUCUCCAAGAGGAAGCUCAGGACCGCUAUUGAUGUUGAGGAUGUUAGGCGUGAGGUUGCUAUCAUGUCCACACUACCUGAGCACCCAAAUAUAGUGAAGCUGAAGGCAACUUACGAGGACAGUGAUAAUGUGCAUUUGGUGAUGGAGCUGUGCGAGGGAGGAGAACUGUUUGAUAGAAUUGUUGCGAGGGGGCAUUACAGUGAAAGAGCGGCUGCCAGUGUCGCGAGGACCAUAGCAGAAGUUGUGAAAAUGUGUCACGCGAAUGGAGUGAUGCACAGAGACCUGAAGCCCGAGAAUUUCCUAUUUGCAAACAAGAAGGAGAAUUCCGCACUCAAGGCCAUUGAUUUUGGCCUUUCAGUAUUCUUUAAGCCUGGUGAGCGAUUUUCAGAAAUUGUAGGGAGUCCAUACUACAUGGCACCUGAGGUAUUGAAGCGGAACUAUGGGCCAGAGGUUGAUGUGUGGAGCGCUGGCGUAAUUCUUUACAUUUUGUUAUGUGGGGUUCCUCCUUUUUGGGCAGAAACGGAGCAGGGUGUUGCUCUUGCCAUUUUAAGGGGAAAUAUUGAUUUUAAGAGGGAGCCAUGGCCUCAGGUUUCAGACACUGCCAAGAAUCUUGUCCGCCAAAUGUUGGAACCUGAUCCCCGAAAAAGAUUAACUGCUCGGGACGUGCUCGACCAUCCCUGGAUUCAGAAUGCCAAGAAAGCUUCAAAUGUCCCUCUAGGAGAUAUAGUGAGGACAAGGCUCAAGCAGUUCUCUGUGAUGAAUAGGUUCAAGAAAAGAGCCCUGCGAGUAAUUGCAGAACAUUUAUCCAUAGAAGAGGUAGAAGUAAUUAGAGAGAUGUUUACACUGAUGGAUACUGAUAGUGAUGGCAAGGUAACAUAUACAGAACUGAAGGCUGGUCUUCAGAAGGUUGGUUCGCAGUUGGCAGAACCAGAGAUCAAGAUGCUGAUGGAAGUGGCUGAUGUUGAUGGUAAUGGAGUGCUGGAUUACGGGGAGUUUGCUGCAGUGACUAUUCACUUGCAGAGGAUGGAGAAUGAUGAGCAUCUUCGCCGAGCUUUUAUGUUUUUUGAUAAGGAUGACAGUGGAUACAUUGAAUUUGGGGAGCUGAGCGAAGCUUUGGCAGAUGAAUCCGGCGUAAUGGAUGCUGAUGUCGUGAACGAGAUCAUGCGGGAAGUUGACACAGACAAGGACGGGCGUAUCAGCUAUGAAGAAUUUGUUGCAAUGAUGAAAACUGGAACGGAUUGGCGAAAGGUCCGGCAAUAUUCAAGGGAGAGAUUCAAGAGCUUGAGUCUUAACUUGAUGAAAGAUGGUUCAUUGCAUCUCCAUGAUGCUCUUACUGGACAGUCUGUCGUGGUAUAAUCAAAAUGGUUUGCAAUCUUCCUUUUUACAUGCCCAAAUGUUGAAGGAAAAAGCACGUGUCAACUAUAAUCUCUUCAGAUGAUCAAAGUGCGCCUUGUGGGCUUGUACUAACUGGAAAUCUUGAGCCUAAAGCACAAGCUUUGGAGAGUGGUUGCCAGUUUUUGUGUUCGACGAGCUCGAUUUGCUGGGUUUUGGCUGCUACGGAGUGGAAGGUCUGGGUCGGGUUUUAACUUUCUCAGCAGUCGUAAAGGCUGGCUAGUCAAUGCAUACGUAAAAUCUUUGAAAGAAAUUCUCAUUUACCUGUAUAUCUGACUGACAAUUGAUCAUUUAUUGUUGUAUUUAAGCGUUUCUGUAGUUGUCGGGAAGCAGUAAGAGUUGUUUGUGGGAUAUGCCAAAAUUUGAGUCAUGAUAGAUUUUUUAGUGUCGCAGUAUAAUAAUUGUUUGAUGAAUCUUACG